AUGUCUUCACAGAAGAAGAAAGAGCGACCGCCGCUACCAACUGACGUGGAUGUGCUGAUCAUUGGUGCCGGGCCUCAUGGCUUGGCCAUGGCCUCCCGGCUGCUCCUGGGCGACAAGGCGAUGAGCGACGUGAUCCCUCCGCAGGAGAGCUACGUGCGCCGGCCACCGGAAGUCCGAGCCCACCUCCAAAAAGCACGGCGAGCAUCCUUAAACUUCGCCGUUGUGGAUAGCACGGGCGCGUGGAUGGGGCGAUGGGCCCGCCAGUUCCAGGCUCUGGGAAUCUCGCACUUGAGGUCGCAUGAGAUGAUGCACCCCGACGCCUUCGAUCAUUCCACGUUGUCUGUUUGGGCGCAAGCGAAGAGGCGCAGUGAUUUCCUGUUCUUAGAGGACUUGCCGAAGAACAAGACCUACCACGGACCCUUCGUGCUGCCCUCGAACCGGAUGAUGCUGGACUUUUGCAAGGAUUUGGUGAGGUUGGGAGGCCUAGACGACAAGCUCUGGACGGGUCAGGCAGAGUCCAUACGGCCCCGAGGCUCUUCCAUGGAGGUGUUGUUGCGCACAGCCGAGGGUGCACAAAGCAUUCUUGCGAAGCACGUGGUUGUUGCCCGUGGCCCUACCUGGCGUCGCCAGUGGCCGGCUUUCUAUCGGAACUUAGAAGUUGUCGCGACUGCUGAGAUUUACCAUGCCUGGGACCUCUUCGACAAGCCUGAGAAGAUACAAAGCUUGCGAGGCCGAGGUGUGAUUGUCGGUGGUGGCCUGUCGUCGGCCCACCUGUGUGUACAGCUUGCGCAGCAUGGUCAGGUAGACCUUCUGAUUCGCAGGGCCCGGCGUGUGAAGCAGUAUGAUUUGGGAUUGACGUGGAUGGGCUGGAGACGACGGGAAAACCGGCGGGAGUACGAGCAGUCUUCGGCCGAAGAGCGCAUGGCCAUCAACAGGGCCGCCCGCGAUGGUGGGUCCAUCUCCCCUGAGCUCAAUGCAGCCGUAUCGGAGCUGGAGGCAAAGGGCUCCGUGAAAGUGCAUGAGUGGACGGAAGUGGAAACGGCAUGUUUUGAGUCCGGGUUAUGGACGAUAGCCCUCAGCAGUGGUGAUGUGAUCGAAGCGGAUUACUUGAUUUGCGCCACCGGGGCACUUGUCGACACCUCGACAGACCCGCUGCUCACGGAACUGCAGAAGAUUCACCCACUGCCGAUGCGGGGAGGCCUGCCAGUCCUCACUCAGCACUUGCAGUGGGGCAAGCUCCCGGUGCACUUCAUGGGGAAUCUGGCUGCCUUGGAGUUGGGCCCCGACGCUGUGAACAUGACCGGGGCAGCCCGUGGAGCGCUUCGAAUCUCCCAGGCCUUGCCGAAGGCUUUACCGAAGGAGCAGGGCAAGGAGCAGGGCAAGGAGCAGGGCGGUGAGCAGGGCGGUGAGCGGUGA